AUGAGAGCUUAUUCCAUGCUCUCCGUUGGUGGAGCGCUCAAGAUUCCAACGAGUUCGCUGGCGAAACCGAAUGGAGAGGUCUCUGAGCUUCCCAGGAAGAAGAGGCGGCACUGUUGCAGUAGUGAGUUUGUUGAUUUUGAGGAUUUGAGGUCGAUUUCGAGUGGUUUGGCGCCGGUGAGUUAUGGCGGUGGUGGUGGGGGUUUGGUGCCUAUGUGGCAAUUUGGAAGCAAUGUUCUGGCUGUGCCGUUUUUCAUGUUCCCAAACUCUGGUUGGGCUAUUCCUUCGGAGUCAGUUUCGGGGCAGACGAUUUUCGAUUUGCAGGGGAGGCCCUUAUCGAACUUCCCGGUGACAGUUUUGCAAUCUGGAGUUGAAGGUACUUGUGGUGGUGAUGUGCAGGCCACUUCUGGUUCGAUUUCGAGUGGUGGUGGGAGCUGUUCGACUAGUUUGGGUGCCAGUAAUAGUAAUGCGGUUACUAGUAGUGACACUAGCGCCACUACAGCUGCUCCGAUUAGUCAUACUCAAUUGCGGAGGGACUUGUCUUUGGAUACUUGGGAUAAGAAGGAGCUUCAGUUCUUGGGUGGUCUGUGUGGAAAUUCACAAGCUCAAUAGACAAGGAGGGUUUUAGCUUUUAGGGGUAGUAGGGUUUAAGCCUGUUGAGGCCUUUUUGUAUUCAAGGCCUUGAGGUUUUGACUCGACGAUCUAAGGUUUUAGUGGUAGCGUUUUAGAUUUUGUUGGCCAUUUUGUAAUGAAGCACAUGAACUGGUUAUGUUUUAUACUAAUCUAAUCCAAGGCCAAUUCGUAAUCUGAUGUGCUGGUUCAGUU